AAUGCAAAAGGAUUGUCGAGAUUGUUUAGGUAUCCGAUACCGUAUUAACUCCCUGGAUCAAACGUGGAAGUGGUUGCAUCAAACAAUUACUCUUCACGAUUAUUUGAUUUCUAUAACUGCGAGUCAGUCAAACUUCUCAAAAAAGUGUUGUCAGUAGACCUGCUAUCUACAGACAGAAAUAUUAACCGCUACCAAGGCUGAUCUCGCUAUAUAUACAGCGGUAUAAAAAUCUUCACAGAUUUAGUAGCAAAGACUGAUUUCACGAGAUAAUUGCACCAUUUCCAGGGAGUUUUCAUAUCGGUAUCGACAUACACAUUUGCCGUUCGAUUCAUUAUAAUAUAAAAAAAGAAGAAAAAGUGUGUAUGAGUGCGAAAAAAACGAAGAAAAUUUUAUUUGCACGUGCACAUUAAAAACAUGUCACUAAUUAACAAAUUUAUAAUUGUUGUUAAACGAAAACUUCAAUACAAUAAUUUGUAUCAUAUAUCUAGAUACUCUACGAGUUUUAAUGAAAAACAAGAUGACCCUAAUAAUUCAAUUAAAAAGUCAGUAUUCAUAUCGCAAUCCACAGAUAUAUUUACCAAUUUAGCGUUAGAAGAUUGGUUCUAUAAAAAUUAUGAUUUUAAAAAUCACCACAUAUUACUUCUAUGGCGUAACAAUCCGUGUGUAGUAAUCGGACGUCACCAAAAUCCAUGGAUCGAACACAACUCUCAAUUAGCUGAAAAACGUGGUAUAGUGUUAGCUCGUCGCAAUAGUGGUGGCGGUACUGUCUAUCAUGAUAUUGGUAAUUUGAAUUUGUCCUUCUUCACACCGCGGGAACGAUAUAAUCGAAAAUACAAUCUAGAGAUUAUUACCAGAGCUCUGUAUCGAGAAUGGGGUAUAGAAGCAGAGGUGAAUAAACGCGAGGACAUCAUUGUUGAAGGAAAAUGCAAAAUAUCUGGUACUGCAGCGAAAUUAGGACGGCCUAAUGCAUAUCAUCAUUGCACAUUAUUAGUAAAUGUAAACAAAACAGCAUUAUACUUAGCUCUCGAAGAAAAAAAGAAUGGUAUAGAAACAAAUGCUACAGUAUCCACGCGUUCUCCAAUAAAAAAUUUAAUUGACAUAAAUUGUCAUAUUCAAAUGGACAAACUCAUUACUGCAAUAGGUUGGGAAUAUCUCCGAACUAAAGCUCUCGUCCUAGAAGAUGGUGGACAAGAUCUUAUUCAAUGUCAAAAAGGAUUUCAAUAUAUCAAUCCCACCGAAGAUUGGUUUCCAGGAUUGAACAAAUUAAUAAGCGAGUUUCGUUCCUGGGAAUGGAAUUAUGGUAAAACACCGAAAUUUACGGUAACACGUGUUUUAGAUAUGGUCACGCGAAACAACAAAGUUCAUCGACUUAAUUUGACAUUAGAAAUCCAGAAUGGUAUCAUUGAAGAAAUCAAGAUGAGACUGCCAGCCAGUUUAGUAGCAGAAGAUUUUAGUCAAGAUGCGAGCGUGAUAACCAAUCUACGAGGUUCGAGAUACAAUCAUGAAAUAAUGGAAAAUAUAAUAACUGCGAUCGGUUGUAAAACUGUUACGCUAAGUACAAGUCAAAAUAUAGAUAAAAAUAAUAUGAUUGCUACGCAAUGAUUAAACCCAUCGAACAAUCAUAAUGAUUGUGUUUAAAUUGUUGUGUUCAAAACAAAGAAUCGAGUUUGUAUAAUAAAUCAUGCAUAAGUUUAUAUAUAUUUGAUUUUACUUGAAAA